AUGGAUGAUAGAAAGGAUGAUGAUGUUGUAGAAGAUAUUGAUGAACGACGGCUUCAUCGAAAAGCUUAUGAAUAUCUUUGUCGUCUUUUAGAAGUUCGAAGCUGGUUAAUUGACUGUCUGCAAGAUGAAUCAGUCGCCACCGUCACUGAUUUAGAAGAAAAUUUUCGAAAUGGAGUUAUAUUAGCUCGUUUGUCAAAUUUUUUUGCAUCAAAUCUCGUUCCGACAAAAGCCAUAUAUGAUAUCAGUCAAGAGAAGUAUGAGAACAAUGAGCAUAUUCCCGUCUAUCGACACACCGAUAACAUCAUGUUAUGGAUAAACGCCAUGAGGAGCGUCCAUCUGCCGGAAAUUUUCAUUCCGGAGACGGUAGAUGUGUUCGAAGGAAGGAAUAUUAAAACAAUUUUCUGUUUGUACGCCUUGGCAACACUGCUUUACAGAUUACGAAAAGCUCCUCGGAUGCGUAAUUUGGCCGGAAAAGCUGUAUUUACACAAAAUGAAUUGGAUGAAAUGAAAGUGAAAGUAAAUGAGUCUAAGCUACCAGAAUUUGGUGAUGUUGAUGGAUUUUUAUCAAAUAUGACAACAGAUGAGAAAGCUGUUGCAAUUGCCAUACAGAAGAUUAAUAAAGAAAUUGAUAAUCAAGACGCUGAACAGCUUCUGACAGCAUUACAUGAUGCUGAUGCUGGCAUUCUACAUGUUGAGAAGGAUUUGUCGGACGGUUAUUUGAAAAAUUUGGUAAAAGCUAAAAAGCCAAAUGAGAUGUUGAGUAAACAAGAAAUUCAAUUGAUCAUCUCUGAAACAAAUAAUGUCUAUGCUAUUGAUGAGAUUAACUUGUUAAUGGAAAAUCAAUCAAGUGAUUCAAAGAAACUUCUUUACUUAUUAGAUCUUCUACAAUUUGAGCAGACUCGAGAAUUUGCAAUUCCUCUCUAUCUUUCAACUAUUUCAUUUAAAAAGUCAUCGGAGAACAAAAAAUUGAAUCGAAAUGAGCUGAUUGAGUUAUUAACAAUUGCCAAUGCCUUGGCCGAAGUUAAGCUUUUCGUUCAACAAGGCUCCUCCGCUGAUGUUUUCAACGCUUUACAAAACCCUUGUCUUCAGCUCAAACCAAAAGAAGAAAACGCUAAGCUCUAUUAUAACAGACUCCGAUACCUGUAUGAGAAAACUGAACCGGAAUUUUUCCUCAAUCGCUCUGAGCUUGAUAACGUCAUCUUCGAGUUUGAGAAUCUAACAGCUGAACAUCGAAAUGUAAUGGAACUGAAAAGUUCGCUUGAACGAAACGAAUAUGAGAUCAUCAAAGAGAUCCUUCGUCAGAUUUGUGGCUCCAAUUACAUUGAAGAGAAUUUCGAAUACUAUCUGAAUAAGUUAAAUCAAAAUCCUCCACAAUCAUCAGAAGAUGUGGUGAAAGGUGUGAAGCUGGUUAAUGAGAAGACUGUUGAAGCAUUUGCCCGAGCUGAUGCUGUUUUACGAUUGAAUAAAGCUAUAAAAAAACACAAUUCAAGUAAAAUCAGAUUGAAUCUGACUGGACUUGUAACCUCGACAGACUUUUCCAAUUAUCGUCAAGAAUUAAUCUUCUGGUAUGUAAAUCGAUUAAUAGCUGAAGGGGAUAUAAGAAAGAAAGACGAACUGCCAGCCGUUGCCGAUGAGCUAUGGAUAUGUGAGCAAUUCAGUUAUGGUUAUGUAUAUGUUGAGACAACUGAACUCAUUAAAACGACAACACGUCGACAUAACAUCGAUGCAUCCAUCAUCAACUCCAAACAGAUACAGAAUAUAAUUGAUGAUGAAAAUGCUAAUUUUGAAAAGCAUUAUGAGGAUGAGGAGGAUAAAGUCAGAAAAUCACAACAAAUUCUCAGACGAUAUUUACGAAACAAAAAGAAUAAGGAAGCAUUAGCUGAACAACUACGUCAGGAUGAUGCCGCCAAGAAGAUUCAACACAAUUAUAAGAAAUACAAGGAUAGACAGGAUCAGAAUAAACUACGAUCUGAAGACAAUCCUUCUCUUGAACUAGUCCGCAAGUUCGUUGGAGCUCUACAGAACUGGGAAGAUGAUUUGGUACAGGAGUUAGAUUUGGAGCAUUUGAAAUCGAAAGUAUGGCAUCUUCGUGUUUCAAAUCAACAACUAGAUGGCUCCUUACAAGACUUGGAUACCAAAAUUGGACUGUUAGUUAGAAACCGUCUGAAUUUACAAGAUGUUAUUGAACACAAAAACAAGAUUUCGGAUCAGAACGAUAAUUUCCGUACUAGGCCAGCUAGCAUUCGCAAGAAGGCAAGAGAUCAGCAGGAGAAACUAGAACAACUCAUGUAUCAUCUACAAGCUGAUUCUGCAUACUUGGCCAACCUCAUUCAGUCCGAUGAACGUCGAGACUUUGACGGAGUAAACAUCAUUUCUGACUGUAUUGCUCCUAUCUUUGGAUUCAUUACGGAUAAGAGAGAAGAGUUUCUAUUGGUCAAGCUGUUAUGUGAACUCAUACUUAGAAACGUGGAAAAGUCCAGCUCUUCAGAUGGCAUUCUCAGCUCAAAGGACAUUCCUUUUAUGAAAAGUGUUUUAACCAACGAUAUGCUAAGUGUAUCAGAUCAAGAUCCAACAACUGCCAUCAAAGAAGUUAUCGAAACGGUAGCCAAAGUGAACGAGAACUUUGCUUUCAAUCUCAAUCCUCGAACUAUCCUUGCUGAUACUCGUGAUGAUAUUCCUAUUGAGGAACUACUGAACAAGCCUAUAGUCAAAGAGGUUCUGGACAAUUCCAUCUCAUUUCUAUCAGAGAAAAGUGAGAAAAUCGUCGAUGCUCUUAUCCAGAACUACAAAUUCCCGAAGAGAAUCCUCUAUCUGACAGCUUAUCUUAAUGAUAUUCUCAUUCGACAGUUCCCAACAACCUCAAGAUCUGAAUUGGAUCGAAUAAUUUCAGUUUUCAUUUUCGAAUGUUACUUCCAUCCACUGUUGAUAUCUAAGAAGAGCAUUCAACGAUCAGCCAAAAUCGAUUUGAAUGAAACAUCAACUCAUGCUCUCGAAGCUCUUAUUCAAUUCAUUGGAUUUGGAAUUAAGAACCGAGGGUAUGGAAAUUCGCAAUAUUAUUUAAGUGUUCUCAAUAAGGACAUUCACAUAAUAAACGAGAAGUUCACGAGCUUCGUGAGGAAGCAAGUUGACAACAUAACGUUUGAGGACAUUUAUGGAUUAAAUGAAUUCACUCACUUCGAUCCUGCUCACAAACCAACUCUGUGUUUAAAAGAAAAACAACUCACAACAAUCCUGAAGUAUUUAAAAUUAAAUGCUCCAGUGAUUAUUCCGGGCACGGGUAUGCAACUUCACAAUCUCAUCGCCAAUUGCUCUGCUCCAACACGAUUGACGGAUGAGAAAUACAUAGCGCUUCAGCUUCAACCAAUGAGAGGGUUAGAUGAGAAUCGAACUGCUAAACAGGAAAUAUUCAUAAAGACGAAGAAGUUCGUUGUUGAUUUACUGCUUUCUGGUCUUCCCGGAAGCUCAGUCGAGGAAUUGAUCGCAGCUGAGCCUUCUGAUGAAGUUUUGAAAGCUUAUAACUCCUUUUACAACCCAGAACAUAUAUCUUUGAAAGAGAAGCAAGCUUUGAUUGAGAAAGGUCUUAGAGAACUGCAUACUAUUGGAAGAACUUCAUUUACAGAUGGGCAUCAGAGCAUUGUUACGGACAUAGCUAAUGAUGUCAGAUUGACGACCAGAAGAAGGAAAGAAAGAGGAGAUUUGAAGAAAUGUUUGCUCCAAACGGAAGAGAAGCUCGAAGCCCAACGAGAAGAACUUAGCUCCCGUUUGCAGGAUUAUGCUCAAUAUUUGGACACUUGUUUGGAUAACUUGGGAAGAACUGCCAAGAGAAUGUCUUUCCGACCAAAUACGGAAGUAGCCGGUAAACUUCAGAAAGAACGUUUAUCAUCGGGCAAUUAUACUGUCAGAGAGACUAACUUAGAUAAGUUAAUUAAGAAAAAAGUAGUUUCAUCUGUCAAUUUGCCUGAUCAAAAGAAGUUGGGAAAGUUAACGGUUCGGUUAAGUCAAACGGACAAGAAAGGUUAUUUCCAAAUGGAUAUCUGUGAUCAUAAGAAUGUUGUGAAGAGCUUGGUUUUUGAUUUCCAGGAUAUCCUGUCAAAAGAAGCUGUUGAAGAUGACAUCUGGAUUGACAACACCAUAGAAUUUAAUAUAAUUAACUUGAAAAACUAUAUCAAUCGAAAGUUUUUCAGCAAAUAA